AUGGCCUACUCAACCUCAACCGACUGUGGUUUCUUCGUCGAAUCCGAUGAGCCUCGGCAACCCCGAAUCAGCAUGAAGGAUGCAGCAAAGAUGCUUGCCCGAAACAGGCAAGAGAUGAUUGCCAAUGAGCUGUCCCGCUUAGCUGGCGACGAGUAUCUCGAGGAUGUCAUGCAGCACAUGAGGCACAUGGAGGACGAGACGCUACCGGAUGCCAAUUUGAUUGACAUGCAGCGGGAGAUCCAAUGGUUCAUGCGGCCUUACCUGAUCGACUUUUUAAUCGAGGCUCAUGCCGCAUUCUCGCUUCUGCCGGAGACCCUGUUUCUGACUGUGAACUUGUUAGAUCGGUACUGUUCAAAGCGAGUGGUGUAUAAGCAGCAUUAUCAGUUAGUCGGAUGCGCCGCCCUUCUCAUCGCUGCCAAGUAUGGCGACAAGAAAGAUCGGGUACCCCAAAUCAAUGAGCUGAACAAUAUGUGUUGUGGUCUUUACGAUUCGGGAAUGUUCACGCAGAUGGAGAUGCAUGUCCUCAAUACGCUCGAGUGGACUAUCGGACACCCGACUGUCGACUUCUUUACGCAACUUAUCGUCGCCGAGGAAGCCGAUGACCGCGAAGUUGAGCACAUGGCUGCUUAUCUCUGUGAAAUUGCAUUGUACCACCGAGACUUUGUUUCUACCAAGCCGUCGAUCAUGGCACGUGCCUCGCUCGCUCUCGCACGUGCGAUACUUGGACGACCCGAAGUCAACGACGGCGAGUGGGAUCAUGUGGAGAACGUUACGGUCCUCGCUCUAUCUCAGCACUUGCAUCAGCCAUCGGUUACGUUGUCAAGGAAAUACUCGUCUCACCACCUCUCUCGCGUCUCUGGAAAGCUUGCUGAGUUUCUUGCACAGCAAGCAGCUAUUUCCCGUCGAGCGCAAGGCCCACCCUCGCCUCCCGCGGAGCCCACUCUGUCAACGCAACACCCUAGCAUAUAUAGCACUCCUCAAAAAGGACAUGGUGCCGCCAUUGGUGUCGCGGAUGGAUAUCUAACGCCACCUAUCACUCCCGACGGUGUUAACUUUGGUGUUGUCACAGAUCCGAUGAACAAAUAUGUCCCACCCAGGUGUCCGGUCACUCCCACACCUCAACCUCCCAGUGCAACCGGGUGUGCUCAGCAGCAGCCCCCCGCGCAGCAUGGCCCGAUGGUUUCGUGA